UCAUCUAUUCAAGAUGGCGGAAGACAUGAGAGAGAAGGUGGCCCAACUUUUGAAGGGAAUAGAUAGAUACAACCCUGAAAAUCUCACAAACUUGGAGGGCUAUGUUCAUUUUCAAGUCUACAACAAUGCUUAUGAUUUGGAUGCAAAUUUGGCAGUUCUGAAGUUGUACCAGUUCAAUCCUGCAUAUCAUCAAACAACAGUUACCAUGCAGAUUCUAUUGAAGGCCCUCAUGAUGUUGCCCAAUGCUGACUUCAUUAUGUGCAGAUGUCUUAUUGAUGAUGCCAAUCAACAAGAUCAAGCCAUAGCACGAGUCAUUAAACUUGCCGAGUUGUUGGAAACAUGUAACUUUUUGGAGGCAUGGAAAUAUCUAAAUGAGGACACUUCCCUUGUUGAUGGAAUUGUAGGAUUUCAUGAUGCAAUUAGAAAAUAUGCAAGCUACGUCAUAGGAAUAACAUACCAAACCAUCGAUAAAACCCACAUAUCGGAACUUCUUGGAGGUCUUCAAGGAGAAGAGUUGGACGAGUGGAUAAAAGCUCAAAACUGGACAAUUAAAGAAGAUGGCAGAGUAUUUGUGAGCAACCAAGAGGCGCACAUUAAGUCCAAGAACAUUGCAGAGAAAAUCGACUUAGACAGUGUUGCUGGGAUAAUUUCUGCAGCCAAGUGAAAAAAUUUUUGUCUGAUUACUCAUUUCUUCACCUAACGUCGCUCCUCUUACCUAUCUUAACCUUAUUUUACUGAAGUAAUGAAUGACGUAUUUCUUUGCCCAAAAAGGGAAAGGACAGUGAACCGUUAUAUUGUGAGGCACGAUUCCCUGGCACUCUGCCACUUUGUUACGAUUUUCAUUUUCAAGUGCCGCAACAGGGAAGGAAAGGCAAGGCAAGCAGAGGAAGCGGAAUGUGUAACUGGAGACAAGUUGAUUGAAAUAAAUUGCGCGUUCAAUGUUACAGUAAUUUCACUUUAACUUGCAUUUUAUUUCACCAAUGUUAAAAAGAACGAAACCUCUCCACCCAAAGCAUAUUAAAGUAUUACGCCCCA